UUGGAUAUCAAAUGUUCCUUUUCUGAUGCAUCUGUUAAAGGAAGUGUAAACCGACCUGGGCCGGUCCCUGCCUUCCUCAGGAGCCCACCUGUCAUCCCACCUGCCCUUGACAUGAAGCACUUCCUCCAGUUUCCCCUGGAAUCACCUCAUCCGGCAAGCAUCGGCCUCUUCCACAACUUUAACACAAUGGACCCUGUCCAGAAGGCUGUGAUGACCCACACCUUUGGGCCACCUAUGGUGAAAACAAAGAGGCCAAUAAUCUCCUGCAACGUCUGUCAAAUACGCUUCAACUCAGAGAGCCAGGCAGAGGCCCAUUACAAGGGGAACCGCCAUGCUCGGAGAGUGAAGGGUAUUGAAACAUCCAAAUCAACACGUUCACAAGAUGGAGAGAGGCAGCACCCUCCCCCACCUGCUUCCCCCUCCCCGCCAGGUCUCAUGCCUUCUAGCCCGAAGCCUGAUCCUAAUCGUAAGCACGAUGACACUCAGUCCAGUCCCAACCUGAAAGAGUCGCCUUUGACCGCUAACCGUCUUCCAACACCCCCAAUGAGCUCAGCAGACCCAGAGUGCCCCCUUUUGCCAUCUGUCAGCACCCCUUUGCCACCCUCCCCCUCCCCCUCUCCAGCCCUUGGUAUCCCCUCUGCAGAUCCAGCAGCGGCUGUUCUCCCUGACACCCUAUCCCCAAUACCGAGCCCAUCUUCAGGAGAGUCAGAGGAAGAGAAAGCCAAAAAGCUUCUCUACUGCUCUCUGUGCAAAGUGGCCGUUAAUUCCCUCUCACAGCUGGAGGCGCAUAACAAAGGUACCAAACACAAAACUAUCCUGGAGGCCCGAAGUGGUCUUGGACCCAUUAAAGCAUACCCACGCUUGGGUCCUAAACCCAGCCCUGAGCAGGGAGGGGAGGUGUCCUCUGACCCUAACACUCAGGAACGCACCUUCCACUGUGAGAUAUGCAAUGUCCGAGUCAACUCUGAGCUGCAGCUUAAGCAGCAUAUAUCAAGCAGAAGGCAUCGGGAUGGAGUUGCAGGGAAACCUAAUCCUCUUCUUAGUCGGCACAAGAAGCGCUCAGACUUUAUGGAACUUCCAAAAACCCUUGGGGCUGGACUUUUACCAAAUCCUCUCGCUGUUGCUGCAGCGAUGGCAGCAGCAGCAUCCUCAAAUCAGCUCACACUACGUCAUCCCGGCCCAUCCUCCCACCCUCAUCCCCAUCACCACCUCCUACAGGGAACACCCCUCAGCCUGCUGAGACCAGCCCCAGGUCCCAUCCGUACCACACAUGGGCCAAUCCUCUUCACUCCUUACUAA